AUGGAAUUUGCGGCUGAUGUAUUUCCGGGUGGUCCAAGUGACCCAUCCGUGCUGACCCAGUAUGCGGAUCACGUUGCAGGCAGCGUAUGGACGGGAGAGGAGCGUCUUGAGUUGAAGUUAUCCUCUCACGGGAAGAAGGUCCAUAGUUUAGGUAGGUCUGUCCCUGCCAUUGAGGGCCUAGUUAUUGGGACAAGACUAAGUCCUCUGAUCGCGUGUUCGGUAGACACUGGCGAUCAAGGACUUUUGUCGUCGUUUGUAGAGCGGUGGCACCGGGAGACGUCUAGUUUCCAUCUCCCUGUGGGAGAUGUGAUGAUCACGCUGGAUGACGUCUCGUCUCUUUUGCAUCUACCCAUGGUUGGCGACUUGCAUGUCUUUCAACCCUUGCACAUGGAUGAUGCGGUACAGAUGCUGGUGGACUUAUUGAUGGUCUCUGCAGAGGCUGCCAGGGCUGAGACAGGGCAGUGUCGUGGAUUGUACGUACGCCUGCAAUGGGUACGUGAUAUCUAUAAGCGUCGAUGCCACGCAGGUCAUUGGACAGCUGCAUCUCGCGAGUAUCUUCUUCAUCUUCUGGGUUGCACUCUUUUUGCUAACAAAAGUGCAACCAAUGUUCAUGUUGUGUUUUUGGAGGCCCUUCGUGACCUCCGUUAUGUUGUUCAUGGCAUCUCAUACACUACAUAA